AUGGGUACUAAAUUGCUUAUUCUCUCGUCUCUUGUCAACGCUUUCGGUCAUCCCAACUACAAAAUCGGAGCUUUCGUUGUAAACCUUCUCGAGGGAGUUUCUAGAAAACAUCCAGCAAUGAGACUCGUUAUGGUUGAAGAAAUUGAGAUACUAGCAUUCAGAAAGAACGUUAACGAACGUGCUCAUCUCUACUCAAUGACAUUCCUCACCCAAAUGAAGUUCUCGAAGAAAGAUUCUGAUCUCUGCUGUCGUCUCAUGUCAAUUUAUCUUUCUCUUUUCAAGACAAUUGUAGGAAAGAAAAUCACUGAUAAUCGUCUCCUUCCAAUCAUUCUUGCUGGUGCUAACAGAGCAUUCCCAUUCGCAAAAGAUGCCGAUAAACUUCUCGAAGAUGUCAAAAAUGUCUAUUUUCUUGCACACAACUCCAAUUAUAGAACUGCGAUUCCUGCUUUGAAACUGUUGUUCCAGUUUCAUAAAAUGAAUGACUAUGUGUCGGAUCGUUUCUACAAUGCUCUUUAUCGCAAACUUCUCGAUAACUGUCCAGCCGGAGCGUAUGCCCAGCUGCUCAAACUGAUGUUCGAUACGAUGAAAGAAGAUUCGUCGGCUCAGAGAAUUCGAACAUUCGUGAAACGUCUUCUUCAAGUAGCUGUCAAUUCUCAACCAGAUUUCACUGCCAGUAUUCUUAUUCUCAUUUCACGUCUUCAAAAACUACGAGGUCCUACGGAGAAGCUUAUUGUUCUCACAAAAGAUAUUGAUCCAUCUGCACGUGUUGUUGAACAAAUGCAAAAUGACGACGACGAUGAAGAGCGUUAUGUGGAUCUCGAUGUUGAGGGAAAUGAAAUUGCCAGAGAUGGAGUGAAGAAAGAAGAUGAGCCAUCAGAAGAUAUCGUAGUAGAUGAUGAUGAUAGUGAAGACAAAAAGAAGGUUCAGGCAGGUCAACUCGGAGCCUCGUCGACUGGUGGAUGGGUUCAUAGAAAUAUUGGUGCUCGUGGAGUAAAAUCUCCGUAUGAUUCAGUAGCUCGCAAUCCACUCUUUGUUGAUGCAUCACAAGUUGCUGACAGUUAA